UUAAUUUCUUCUAAAUUUUGUUCUCGAAACGACGAUCGAAUCGAUAACGUUACUGUCAAUGAUGCAAAAUUUUCUGUGAGUUUUCUUUUUCGCAUUGUUUUAAUGAUCUCGAGAAAAAGAUUUCAUUACUCCGCGCAAUCUGGCAACACGGUGUUACAUUAAAAAAAGAUUUCCUAUCAGCAGAAUCAACGGAUGGAGUAAUCAACAUGUGUCUGUGGUGUGAUCGAGAAUUCAGUUCAUACGCGACAUUCUAUCGCGGAUGACGGUUUGUUGAUUUAACAUUUUCUUCCUCACGUGAUUGACAUCUUUGGUAUAUCGAUUUGACGGCGUCAACUGGCAGGUCAAAAUAGCACGUUAGAGAGUCACCUUGUAUAAUCCUUAACUAUACACGUUUCUUAUGAAAUUACAAACAUUCGUAUGCUUUUCGAGCAGUCGACGAUAUUGUCUUGCGAGUGACAGACUAUCUGUAAACAAUUUUACGAUCGCUGAAGAAUUUGAGUGCGCGAAAAUACAAGAACAAGAAGCAAGAAUUACAAAACUGUAUACGUCGAUUUGACAGUUAUGUGUAAUGAUGUUUGUUUGAAGAUUAAAUCGCUGUGCAAACUUUUAAAGGGCAAAUAAAUGUGCGCGUCAUCCCUCUACGGAUACUUUUAGUUACAAUUCUAAUUAUAAUCUAAUUAAAAAUUAUAACUUUUAUUAAAUUAUAAUUAUAAUAUUUCUGCAAUACUUUAAAAUCGGCAAUCGAUUUAUUGUAUUCUUAUUACAAACGAAAGCAUCUUUACGAGGAACGUUCGUUUCGGUCGGACAGCAAGAAACGAACACAGACCCGUACUUCUAUUAUUUUUCUUCUGGCAUUUUAUCCAAUUUGCCAUUUCGAGAAAUUGCCCUCGAAGGACCAAUAAGAACGUAUUCAUUGAGAAAUUCAAACAUUCAAAAAAUGGGAAUUACUUUCGGCACAUGCUACCUCAAAAUCCGACUAGAGAAUUAAGAAAGAGAGAGAGAGAGAGAGAGAGAGAGAGAGAGAGAGAGAGGACGUACGAAUAAUUACUGUCCCACUCGUGAUUUCCUUUCACCAGUCCAGAAAAAUUGUGCGAGAAGAAAAUUCGAGCUCACUCGUCGCAAGUGGGUGACCCAUUAAAAUCCAGCAAUAAAAAAAGGUUUAUUGACUCGACGCGGGUUUAUCAAAAACGCGAAUCGGUGUGUUUUCUUUGUCUGCGCGCGCGAUAUAUCUCAAGACAUGAUAUCAGAACGUGUAUACGCGAAAGGAAAUAUCGUUACGCUGUCAUCACGAUGAACCGAACGAACGUGUGAUAUUCAUCGAGUGGAUCCUUCGUCAUGGGGACAUUGGGGGAGGACGAAAACGAGACGCUCGAUUUCUGGCGGGAUUGGGAUCUGGACAACCUGACUGAGAUCGAGUACCUAAAUAAAGUGCUGGGACCUAGGUACUUGCCUCAGAGGUUGGUGAUACCGCUUACGAUCGCCUACCUGCUGAUCUUUGUCUCUGGCGUUUUCGGUAACGUCGCCACGUGCACGGUCAUCGUCCGAAACGCGUCUAUGCAGACUGCCACCAAUUACUAUCUUUUCAGUCUGGCCAUAUCUGACCUCAUUCUACUUGUGCUGGGUCUCCCCAAUGAGCUGAGCAUAUUCUGGCAACAAUAUCCGUGGGCUCUGGGCGCGGGGCUUUGCAAGAUACGGGCGUACGUGUCGGAGAUGUCAUCUUACGUGUCAGUUCUCACAAUCGUGGCGUUUUCUAUGGAGAGGUAUUUGGCCAUCUGUCAUCCCUUGCGCGUCUAUUCAAUGAGCGGUCUCAAAAGACCAACGCGCUUCAUCCUUGCGGCCUGGUCGAUCGCGAUGGUCUCGGCCAUACCGUUCGCGAUUUAUACCAAGGUCAAUUUCGUCGAAUAUCCGCCAGAAUCUGGAAAUUAUUCGGCUGAUUCGGCGAUUUGCGCGAUGCUUCUGCCCGAUAUGCCAAGAUUUCCCCUUUAUGAACUCAGUUCUAUCGUAUUCUUUUUGAUACCGAUGCUCAUAAUCCUUGUGGUAUAUACGAGAAUGGGAUUAAAAAUCAAGAGCAGUACCAAAAAAACACUUGGUCCAAUACCGGGUUUUGUUCAUGGCGAUUCUCGACAGACUCAGUCCAGAAAAUCUGUCAUCAGGAUGUUGAGCGUGGUCGUUAUCAUGUUCUUUCUCUGCUGGGCUCCAUUCCACGCCCAACGUCUGCUUUACAUCUACGCACAAGAUACCGAUUAUUAUCCGGAUUUAAACGAAUGGCUGUAUAUUCUCAGUGGAUGUCUGUAUUAUUUCAGCACCACCGUCAAUCCUAUUCUCUACAAUUUAAUGAGCAUCAGAUAUCGCCAAGCGUUCAAACAAACGUUAUGCUGUAGAACGAAGAGACCGACAAACAAAAUCUUAAUGGAUAAAGGAUCUCAUCAGUCCAGACGUGAUUCCAUGAAUAAAGUUCGCGAUCGAAGUAUUAUAUGUUCUAUUAGGCAUAGCGUUGCUCAAGUCAAAGAGAUAUUCUGUUUUACUCCGAGCAGUCAAGAAAAUACCAAGGAUAGAAAUAGCGAAAAUACAAGCAGCUUUCCUCAAAACGCUUACUUGUUACAAAAGAAAGAUUCAUCCUCGACGUUUCUCUUUGAACGAGGGCAUUUACUCGUUCGUCAACAACUUGAUACGAUUUCCAUAGCUAAAACCAAUCUGUGA